CCCCAACCAAUCACAAACGAAUGGUGGUGGUUGCGGCGGCGGAUGGACGUGCAAUUCCAUAUUUUGGUGUAUCGAAUCGAAACAAUCUGGAUGCCAGCGAUUUGCAGAAAGGUUGAGAGAUAUUACUAAAAUAUCAUGGCCAUGACGGCAGCCUUCUUCUCCUCCAAUACCAAUAUCCUGUCACCCUCUCCGCAGCGCCACCCGCCCGUCUUAUCCCUCCGCUCGUCUUCCACCCUCCAAUUUCCUAUUACGCACCAAUUCCGUAAUACUAGUCCCAGUACUAGCACACCUGCUGCUCCGAUUCUCACCCGCAUCUCCGCCGCUACCACGACCGCCGACGUGAACGAUUCCGCUUCGAUAUCUACAACCACCAGCUGGGUAGAAUUUGCUGAAAAGGUCUCGGGAGAAUGGGACGGAUUUGGGGCCGAUUUCACGGCGGAGGGGCAAGCCGUGGAAUUGCCGGAAUCGGUGGUGCCAGAGGCGUACCGGGAGUGGGAGGUCAAGGUAUUCGACUGGCAAACCCAGUGCCCCACCCUCGCUACCGCUGACACCCCCUCUCUCACCUACAGAUCCAUCAAGCUCCUCCCCACCGUCGGAUGUGAAGCCGACGCCGCCACCGUCUACUCCUCAGAGGAGAGGCAUAUUUCGGCACACCAUGGCUCCACCUUCGCAUAUGCAUCCACCGGAUCUUACGUAGCAGCUGAUCCUUCAGUCAAAUCAAUUGAGCUGGAGCAUUGCCUCAUUGAUCCCAAUAACAAAGAGUCUAGGGUGAGGGUGAUUCAGGUGCUCGAUUCCGAGCUGAAAUUGGUUAGGAUCAAGGUGUUUGUGGAGCAGUGGUAUGGCCCCUUCAGGAACGGGGAUCAGCUCGGUGGAUGCGCCAUUCGUGAUGCGGCCUUUGCUGCCACAGAGCGGCUUGAAGCUUCACGAGUUUGUGGUGUUUGGCAAGGCAGCAGCGCUGUUGCCAGAUUUGAUGCCUCUCACAAUAUGAUCCAACAACUUGAUGAUGAACGUGCAAGCAAAUCAAUCAGAGAUGAGGGAGGCCUUGUAUUACUCCCCAAACAACUAUGGUCCUCAGUGAAGAAGAGAGAAGACGAUGAAAUAACCUGCUGUGAAGUGGGAUGGUUGUUAGAUGAGGGGCGAGCCAUCACAUCAAAAUGCAUCUUUUCAGGCAAAGCACAGCUUAAGGAGAUUGCAAUAGCAAAUGAAACUGCAACUCAAAUAUAAUAUCGCAGCUUGUAUCUCGACGUUAUGACCAUACCAAAUGCAAUACCUUAGAGAAACUACAAAUACUCUGUUGCUGCAGUAAUUGGUGGGUAUUUUGUUUGUAAUAUAAUUGCAAACACUCUCUAUAUAUUUCCAGAAAUAUGAAUGAGCAACUGAAGGGGAAACACAAUUGUAGCUUCCA